AUGCCGAAAGAAGUCAGAGCCCCGUCUCAUCCUCACCGGGUCCAGCCAGUCACCCUCCCAACGCAAUCGUCGGCGUCUAGCAAGGAAUCACGGGGAGCGGCGCAAUGGUUGCCUUCGGACGACGAGCGCCUCAUGGAGGCACGGAAAUCGGGCCUCAACUGGCAGCCUAUUGCGGCAAGGCACUUCCCAAACAAGACACCGAACGCGUGCCGCAAACGCCACGAACGCCUCAUGGAGCGGCAGAACGCCCAGGAUCUGGAUGGCGUCAGGCUCGAGGUGCUGGCGCGUGAAUACAUGAACGUCAGGAAGGAGAUGUGGAGCAUCCUGGCCGAGCGUGUGGGUGAAAAGUGGGCCACUGUCGAAGCCAAGUGCAUGGAACGCGGACUGAAGAACCUCCAGGCAGCGUACCGUGCCGGGCAGCGCAAGGAGCGAGACAAUUACGAUGGCGAUAGCGGACGAGGUAACUACUACGAAGGCGACAGCGGCAUCGGAUACUCGGAUGCUGAGAACGAGGUAGAGGACUACUCGUCGGAGGCUGGCCCGAGCCAUGGCGGAGCAGGUCAUCAACAGCCGCAACCCAGCCCGACUGGUGGAGGCUUCCACACGAACCAGAGGGGCGGACCCUCGAUCCAGUCAAUGCUCUCUCCUGAGCCACAUCCAGGCUACCACGCGCCACAGAGCUGA